AUGGAACAAACCAAGACAUACGGUCCUCUGCGGUCUGGAGGAGAACAGCAGGUGACGCCAUCAACCCCUCCCGCCGUCGCUGGGCUGGACGCGACGGAGUACGCCAGCGACCCGGAAAGCGCUGGGGUGGGCGGCCGAAGAGUCCGGCGACUCGGUCUGCCGGGGAAGAUGCGCGUUGGAAAGCGGGGGCGGGGAACCACAGCAGCAGCGUCAACUUCGGCGGGCGUGGUCGGGCAUAUCGACGAUAUUACUGCACCAGAUAUUGGUGCCGAUGCAGCGACGGGAGCAGCGGCGGCGGCAGCAACAGCAGCGGGUCCGGAUGGAAGAGGCGCAGGGGGAGCGAGACGGCCAUCGGCCGGGAGCAGAUUAGGGGCGAUGCUCAGGAGGGGUGCGCCCAGCUUGAACCAUCUCCGCAGGAGCGGCUCCAAAGCGAGCUCUCUUUCUUCGCCCCAGGCGGAAGAAGUCGGAGACCUUGCCAUACCGGCGCUUGGAAUAUCCCCUCGCGGGGAGCUGGACGACCCCCCCGAACGCCACGCCAGUCACGACAGCGACCGCAGGGGGGGGGCUGCGGUUGCCCCCGAAGUCAGCACAACGUCGUCGUUAGAGCCUAGCUCCAACUCUUCUGGUCGACGUCGAUUUCAUCGGAGUAAGGGCGCGGCCGGCGGAGUCACCCGAGUCGUGUCCCAUCGGGAUGCCCGCGCGGGGAGCGACAUCGGCCCCCGCGGCGACGGUGGUGGUGGUGGUAUCGCGAAUGAUCAGCGGAGAUACCUGGGUGCGUCUUCUGCGGAAGACGCGCUCGAGUACAGCGACGGAGGGCGACACGGUGGUGGAGGAGGAGGCGUGUUCGCCGCGGCGAGGUCCAACGCCAAGGUGCCCUCGUUGCUGGCCCGAAAGAGCAGCAGCAAGACUUUGGCGGCGGCGCGGAGGCACGGCGACUGCGACGAGCAGGUGGCGUUUUGGUCGGGCUCCGACCUCGACAGCAGCGGCGACAACAACCGGGGACGGCGGCCACCACCACCAGCGGCGGCGGCGGCGGCGUCGCGGCCUGACAACGCCGCUGCCUUGAGGCGCGAUCGCUCGGCCCCGCCUUGCGGCCACAGCGCUGCCGAGGUCGCCGGGGAACGGCGUGGUAUUCAGCAGAGCAUGGGUGAGGCACGCCACACGCUAGAUGGUUCUGCGAGGCCGAAGGACGAUCCUCCCGGGGGGCGGAAGCGCAACGGCGAUGCCCGAGGUCGCGCCGCGGACGGGUAUAAGUCCGCCCCCGACGACUUGCACCGGGAGAGCGGGCGUGUCGGCCCCGCCGCCGCCGCCGCCGCCGCCGCCGCUAGCGGUGGCGGUGGCGGUGUGCCCGUGCCGGACGGCGAGUGCAUCGCGAUCGCGGAAGCGGCCUUGUUCUCGGCCAUGGACACCACCAGCGACGCAGAGGUUGGUGCCGGCGGCGGAGGUGCCGGGGGGGGCGGUGGUUUCAGCGGCCAGGGGCAAGGGUCGAUGGCGUCCAGCGACGAAGACGACGACGAAGAGGAAGAAGAGGACGACCCGCUCUCGUCACGCGGCACCAGCACCGCCGCCGCCGCCACGGUGGAACGCUCGGCGACGGCGUCCGCUGCGGCGGGGGGCGGUAAGGCAGCCACCGUCCGCAAGCGCCGGAGAAUCUCGGAGCUGCUGGGGUUCCGCCGACGGACUACCAGCGGCGUCAACGCCUCUUCCUCCCUCUCCUCGUCGUUAUCGGGAGCCCCAGGGGUUAGCGCUUCUGGCGCCGCGGAUGACGGCGCCGGCACCGGCGGUGGCGGCAGCGUCCCCCGCAACGGCGAGACAGCGGAAGCGAUGAACAGAUCCACGGGCGGACGAGGGACAUCAGCCUCCCGGCGCGGGACGACUUCGACGACCGCCCCGCCCCCCCCCCGCCGCCAAGUACUUUACAGGUCCAACUCCACGAGCGCUCUCGACCGCGCUGACAGCGGUAGCUACGGAGAGGCGGAAGACGUGCCCGCGGGAGCGGGGACCGGGAAGCCCGCCGGCGGUGGGCGGAAGGGGGCCAGCGGAAGGAGGCGGCUGCUGCCGGGGGGGUCGUCGUCGGUGGCGACGGCGGCGGCAGCAAGCUCUGGCUCGGCCCGCGGGCUAAGCGCGAGCCCCCUGAAGCACCGGCGGCAUCGGCACCGGGAUUCGCUCCUCGAGGCCGGGAAGGACAAGCUCCGGCGGGGCAGGAGCAAGCUCAGCCGCGGGUCCUUCGGCGGCCGGUCGUCGUCGUCCUCGCAGCGGCCGCUUCGUGCGCCCUCGCCAGUGGCGGACACGGCGUCCACGGAAGGUUCUUCCAAGGGACGGAAGCCUGUCACCGAGGAGAUGGACGGGGGCGCCGCAAAGAGGGGGCCGGUGGAGCCGGCAGAGCAAGGGCCGCCGGCAAAACCCCAGCUAGGAACGACGUACGCGAAACGGCCGGACUCGUCGCCGCUCGAUCCCGGCGCACCGGAACCGUGGAACUCUUGGACGGUUGGGAGCGGGUCGCAGUUCAACGUCAGGACCAAAGGAUACGGCCGCACAAAGGUCAAGGCUCCCUCCGCGCCGGAGCUGUACCAGCUCAUCAGCAUCGACGCCUACCGGAGCCCCGCGGGGAGGAUCUGCGGGGUAUACCCCCUGUUCACCCCGCCCGCUUUCCCCACUGCGGCGACUCCCGCGGGUGGCGGUUCAGCUACCGACUCUGUGGAGGGGGCCCGCCGGACCGGAACGGGAGACGAAGACCCCCCGCUCUCCCAGGGCCCCGGCGGCUGUGGUGGCGGUAGCAGCAGCAGCUGUUGCAGCGGCACCGGCGACGAUACCGGACACCCGGACAUUCCCCCGGUGCUGGUGGUGAACUUCCAGCUCCCGGACCUCCCGACCCCGUUCACCGUGCAGGGUGACGGUCCGACCUUGCACAUCAUCCUCACCUUCCACGCCACCCGCCGGCUGUGCCGCUACGCCGCGCGGGUGUGGGCCGAAGAGCGCUCCGCCGCCGCAGCCGCCGCUGGAACGGGGGGCGGGGAGGAGGGACAAGCGGGCUCCCCUGAGGCGACGCCGGCUGCUGCUUCGGAAACGGCAGCGGUUGAACCGCUGGGGUCGGGGGCGCCUUCCGGAGAUGCCGCUCCCGGCGGGGGCGACGCUACCGCGAAUGGUGGCCCAGUACCCCACGGACGAAGCAGCCACGGGGCCCCGCCGGCGGAGGGAGGAGCUGGGUUGGGGGAGGGUGACGCUGAGGACGUUCCCGAGUCGGUGCGGCUGCUGGUGGAGUGGAUGCGGCGCGCUCAGGACGACGGGAACUUCCGAGGGAGGUUCAAGGCUAUCGGGGAUAUCGUCAACAUGGACGAGGUCGGCCUCCCGAGCAUCGCGAGGCGAUUCAGCGGGAAGCCGAUCCUUCUCUACGGCAAGGAAUCGAGCAUGGUCAAGGGACCGGGUUACGUAGAGCUGGACCUCAACGCUCACGCCUUCUCCUACGUCGGCCGCAAGGGCCUGUACGUGACUCUGGAGAAGUGGAAGAGGGCGGUAUUUCGCAUCGGAUUCCUUCUGGAAGGGAGGACGGAUGAGGAGCAGCCGGAGCACAUCUUGGGCUGUGGCGUUUUCCAUGGGCUCGACCUAGACGUCCUCAGCGAGCUGUCCCUGUCUGCGGACGGAGAACGACUCAUCGCGACGAACACCGCGGACGGAGAAAACGCCGCUGCCGUGAGCGACAUCUCCGAGAGCGGGUCCGGCAGCAUCGCCGCAAAUAGCAGCGCGGCACCGAACGGGCGUGCCCGCGGGUCCGCCGUCGAUUGGAGCUAUGCAUCGGGCGGUCGAAGCAAGACACGCCGAUACGGUGAUGUAACUCCACCGUCGGCGUCGUCGUCGUCCAGUGCUGUGGUGCCUUUGGUCCCGAAGCGGCACAUGGAUUUCCUCUUGCGCUGUCACAUUCGAGGAAAGUCCUCCAGCGGAGAUGGCGGCGGCGGUGUCUCGUUUGAUGUCAACCCGGAUAAGGCGGUUUUCGGCAACGGGAUUGUGGGCUUCGACACACACGACGAAGACGACCAAGAUAGCGACGUUACGGUGACGGCGGUGGCGGCUGCUGCGUUCGCGGGGGGCUGGUUCUGCGCGCUGUUGGCGAUGAUCACGAUUGCCUGCUGGUCGGAACUGUCGGUGGUAGCGCAACGAGGGCCAGACGGGGGGGAGGGGCCGUGGCGAACAAGCUUCAGCGCUUGGCUAGUGGCCUGUGUGUGAUGGUGCUUGUUGCAUCCUCUUGGCAAUGUUGCUUGCUGCUCACUGUGUGCACCCAUCCCCAUGAGCGUGGUGCACGAAAGAUUCGUCCACAUUGCAAUGCGCGCGACGCUUGGUUUUCGUGCAAUGGACAAGCCGUAACGGUGUGGCUUGUUGGGGAGGAUGCAGUUGGGGCACUGCCUAGAUGGCAUUUCUCCAGAAUUUUGUCUACUUGUAGGUGUAUUUUAUGCAUAUGUUAAGCGCGGAAGACUGACAAUCCACACUGGUUUCGUGUUGGGGGUUGUGUGUGGCAACAUGUGUAAUUUGACCACACUCAUGUGCUGUUGCGUUUUCACUGUUGGUGCUGUCUCUUGCCAGCUACUACUGCCAUCACCAUGGAGUUGGUGUAUCAAUGCACACCUGUGAAGGUUUGCCGUUGCUACAUGGUGUACCCGCUUACCUGUUCACUCGGAACGAGAAUCAAUCGCGGGAUCGAGAGCUGAAAAAAGUUCAAGAAUCUCAUGGUGCACGAUAAUUAAUUGCGGGCAGCCACAAACAUUGA